CGGUAUGCAACCCCACUACUACCGUACCCAGUAACUCUAACUCUGUAUAUUCGGAUAUUGAACGGUGAGCUGUAGAGAAUCAAAACGCAACACGGAGACGCUGCAGUCUCCAGAGUCCAGCAUCCACCGAAUGCCCAAGCCCAGCCAUAAGCGUCCACGAUUAUCACGGAGUAAUACCUGUCUCCGUGCAGUAUGUUGCGAAACCGUCCACUUUCCCAGCUUCGAGUCGAGUCAAGCACGUCCAAGUUUCGUUUCGCUGCUGCAGCCAGCCACGCUAGGAAUGUUUUCCUAUGCAUACCAUGGUGGGGCAACCUCCUCCAGCAGCCAGCACCAGUGACCUCAACCGCUGCCACAGAACAAUGGCCACCGCACGCCAAUUCUCCACAAACGAAGCCUGGAAUGACUACUGCAACUGGCUGAUCGCCAACGGCGCUUUCAUCCACGAAGCGCUCGUGUUUCCACCCUACAAUUCGGAGCCAGACUCAGGUGCACGCUGCAUCACGACCUGGGCGGUCCCCGCCGGCACCCGAUUCGUCUCGGUCCCGCACGCGCUGAUCCUCGACGUUAGCAAAGCCUCUGCGGCGUUCCCCUCGGUCACGGUCUGCAACGACAUCUCGAGUAAAUCUUUCGAUGGGCGCACCUCGACCCCGACCUUGACACCGCGCGCGGCGCUGUGUUUCUUCAUCUGCCAGCAGAAGCUGCUGGGGGAGCGCUCGUUCUGGGCGCCGUAUCUAAGAAUUCUGCCGCGGGAGUUUGAUACGCCGCUGUACAAGUUUGACGACGACGAUAUGCGGUUCCUCGACGGGUGCAAUAUGGACGCCAACGUCGUGGAGGGCAAGAGGGCCGCGUGGAAAGCGGAGUGGGAACAAGGUGUCGAAAUUCUCACUGCCGCCGGGGAGGAUGUUGAGGGGUGCUGCUGGGAGCUCUUUCGCUGGGCGGCUACGCUGCUCACUUCCCGCUGCUUUCCGGAGGUCCUCAUGUACGAGAAUGUCGUGCAGGCUCCGCAGCUGCAGAGAAAUCUGAACGAGCCGCAGUUCGAGAUGGAGGGGGACCAGAAUGCGCCGGACUCGGGCAUGCGCGCCACGGGUGAUAGGUACAUGAACCCGGCCUUGGUCCCGCUCCUGGACAGCCUCAACCACCGGCCGCGAGAGCGGAUAACGUGGCGCGUGGGGAAGGACGAGCUGGGCUUCGAGACGGUGGAUGGGCUGCAGCUCGGCGUCGAGGUCUACAACAACUACGGCGCAAAAUCGAACGAAGAGCUACUGGCGGGCUACGGAUUCGCCCUCGCCGAUAACCCGUCCGACAGCCUGAUCCUGGCGUUUCCUCCGCGACUCUCGGGGCCGCAGAUGCGCAUCCGUGAGCGCCAGCCACAGCCGUCGAUCAGGAAUAUAUACCACCUGACCCUGGGCGGCGGAUACCCCAGAGAGCUGACGACGCUGUUCCACAUCCUGACGGCGUCGCCGAGUGACAGGCCACUGCUCGAGGCGGAUCCCGCCGCGGACUCCAUCUCGCUCCGCAACUCGAUGGCCACAGAAUUCCAGCUGUUGAUGGCGCUGAAACACAAGCUGCGCAAAUUCACGGUCGAGCCAGGCGAGCCGAGGAAUGAUAGGCAGCGCGCGGCAAAUAUUUAUAGAGACGGGCAGAUGGCGAUUCUUCGGGCGGCGGUGAAGCGCUCCGAAGAUGAGAUCGCGAGGUUGCUGGCCAAGCAUGACGGAAAGGAGAUCUUCACUAUCGAGACGGCGAUGAGGGAUGCGCUGUUUGCGGCGGCUACGGACGCCGCCUUCGAGGCGGGCACGGUCUCGGAGCUGUUCGAGUCCGAGCAGGAGGACGUUGUGCUGGCGUUCUUCCUCUGCUGGAAGUUCCUGACGGGCGACGACAAGUGGAAGCGCUGGUUCGAGUACAUCGCACAGUUCCAUCCGUUCCCCGAAGAGACGGGCGAGGAUAUACACGACCUUUUCGACAGAUUGCACCCCGAUGCUGCCGAGCGUGCGCCGCAGGUUUUCGGCGGUGAUCGCUGGACUCCCGAGCUGCUGGGUUGGGCGUGGGAGCUGUAUACGGAAGAGGGCGCCAAUGUCGCCCUGUGGGAUACCAACGGCCGCAGCUUAUAUGCCAUUUCUAUUGAAGUUCCCGAGUAACUUAGCGGUACAUAGUAGGUACUGUAGAGCAAUGAAAGCAUUUGUACCGU